AGGGGUGUGGCCUUUAUUUUACUGUCUAUUGGUUUGUCUUUCACUUCCUGGAAGCGAGGUCACAUCAAAAGAAGAAGUUCUCUUUAAUUCUCAUUCUAGUCAGUGUUCACACCAAAGACUGACUGCCAUUGGAGGCUGGAGAGCUGGCUGCUGUAAGGUAUUAAAAGACACUUUGUGCAUCACGUUAAUCCACUCAGCAGUUUCUUGGCUGGUUCAAACAUGUGUGAUCUCAGUCAAGACAGCAAUUUGGACUUGGAGACGGAUCACAUGGCUGAUUUUUCCCUGAUGAACAGUCGCUUGGACUCAUUCCGUGGCUCCAGCCUGGCCCGGCAAGUAUCUGCAGAAAGAUUGGCCCGGGCUGGCUUCUACUUUACUGGCUAUGCCGAUCGCGUCCGCUGUUUCAGCUGCAGGAAGACUGUGGAAAACUGGUCCAUGGGAGACACUCCUGUAGAAAGGCAUAUAGAGGUUUCCCCAUCAUGCAGGUUUCUCAGCUGCACCCACCGCACCAAUUUCAACCGGAGUUGUGACACCAGACUGACUAACGGUUCCACCUACAAUGAAGACGCAGAAGACAUGGAAUAUCGUUUGAGAACAGGAGAGGUGGUUGAUGAUUCCACUUACCCAAUGGCCCCUCACAUGAGGAGUGAGGAGGCCCGGCUUCAGACCCUCUCUUCUUGGCCCUCUACUGCUCCUGUGAGAGCCAGAGAUCUGGCCCAGGCCGGCCUCUUCUACUUAGGGGAGAGCGACCGGGUGCAGUGUUUCUGCUGUGGUGGCAUGCUGGGUAGCUGGGAAGCAGGGGACAACCCCUGGGCAGAACAUACUAAACAUUUUCCCUACUGCUUCUUCAUCCUCGGGCACGAUGUGGGCAACAUCCCAUUACAGGAGGGUACAGUGGAGGAGGAGUGCAGCAGUAGACAACAUGUCUCUAUGGGGAGAUUGGAGGAGAGGCUUGGUAGCUUUGCAGGAAUCCAGCACCCUAUUGACCAUAAGAGGCUUGCCAUAGCUGGCUUCUACAGUGCAGGGCCAGGGGACAGGGUGUUGUGUUUCCACUGUGGUGGAGGUUUGAAAGGCUGGCAGAGGGGGGAGGACCCUUGGGAAGAACAUGCCAAACACUAUCCUGGAUGCAGCUUCCUGUUGGCAGAAAAAGGACAAGAAUUUGUCAACAGCAUCCAGCUACAAGACCCACGACGAACUAGAGCUACUUCAAGUCUUCAGAAUGGACUUUCAGGACAUGGGAAUGAGGUGUCUGCCAUGGCACAGAAGGCCAUAGGGAUGGGUCUAGAGCCCAGUGUGGUGGAAAAGACCAUCUUGGAGCACGUCAGUAGGACAGGUUCAGGCUACUUAACCCUGGAAGCGCUUAUCGAGGACUGUCUCGAAAACACACCAGAGAGUGAUGCUGCAAAGACACUGGAGAAAGAUGAGGAUCCAUUGGAGAAACUACGGAAGCUGCAGAGGGAAAAGCAGUGCAAAAUAUGUAUGGACAGAGAUAUUUGUAUUGUGUUCAUUCCAUGUGGUCAUCUGGUCACUUGUAAGGAGUGUUCAGAGUCGCUCAUAAAAUGUCCAAUUUGCUGUGGAGCCAUAACACAGAAGCUCAAGACCUAUAUUGCAUGAGGGAAUCAUGGACUCUUUGCAAACAUCUACGCUGCUUUUGCGCUAUCUUUAUAAUAUUGUAUUUUAAUAGUAAAUGUAGAUAGUCUGUGAUAUAUAUUACAGGACCAUGUUGUUUGUAUGAAAAUGAAGGAAUGAGUAAAUGUCACAAGACAGAAUAUUUUCACAAUCAUUGAGAUUGUAAAUAGCUGUUCAUAUUGAGAUAGAAUAAUAUAAAUAACUGAUGUUGAUUUUAUAGGUCUUUUUCAUGAGUACUGCAAUUUGUAAAUACACACUAAAUGACAAUUACCAUUUUUGCAUAAGUCUUUCUUGCCAAAGGUGCCUUUCUUUAGGUUUAUGCAUUUGUUUUGUUUUACUUUGGACAGGGCAAUUGAACCACACAUGAGAUGUGAUAUAAGUUGGUUUUGUACACCUGUGUCCCAUAAAUCUAUACUGUCUAGUGUAACAAUGAACUAAUUUCUCUCAAUGUGUGGUGCUCUGUAUUGUAAUUUAUACUGGUAGAUCAGUAAAUACAUUAAAACUUGGCUUAAUAACUGACUAAAUCAACUCUAAUUUAGGGCCAGCAAUUAAUGACUGUGGUGUGAAAUUAUUUUAACAUUAUAUCAUGAACUCUGUGGUGUCGAGGAAAUAAAUUUCAAUGUUUGAAAUGCUUGAAAAA